AUGUUUAUUGCAGGACGGGAGAAAGCUAUGAAGAGUGGAACGUUGCCAGGUGCUAGAACAGUCACCAAAUCGGAGGAAUCGAGCUCUGACACACCAACUCUAUCACCCGGCACUGCGCACUCCUUGUCGCCCGAAAAGGAUGCACCACUUACUAGUGUGGAAAGUAAAAUUGACACACUGAAACGUACCACUGGGAAUUCGGGGAUGUCAGCGGCUGUGGCACAAUAUGUGGAAGAGGAGGAGAAACGCCGGAAGAACAGUUCGCCUGACCUUGACCCUAUAUCAGCUUCAAGGUCACCCAGUGCCAAUUUUGAGCCUCCCUACAGCACUCGCUAUGCCAAUCAUCGUUUUGCAUGUCGACGUGAAAAGACUUUUGAUUCCCUCCGUUCUGUAGCACCGCCCUCCCGUUCCACUCUGAGACGUGAGGAGAUGAGAGACGGCCUCACCGCCACGAGAGAUCACUUCUCCACCUCACCGAUUAUUCCUCGACCUGGCUACACUUCGGGCAUUCUCUCCUCGCGUCCAGUUAGCCUUCCACGAGGGGUGAAUGGUGUUGCCUCCACUGCCACCCUGCCACCAUGGUCAUCUACACUGUCGCCAGCACAGCGCAAGAUCUUUGCGUCCAACACAUCGAGAACUCUUCCAGCCAACACAGCUUCUGGCCCAUUGAGUGAUUCCAGGAAUGGAGGCUUUUCGUCAGCCACCUCAGGACUUUCGAUGAACGGUGUGGUGGGUACCACGGAGGUACAACUAACGCAACCUUCGAUAACAUCAAAAGCGGUUCAGGGCACCCACCGAGCGCGUUCAACCACUCUCACUGGUGGCCUUCCACCGCCCUCAAUUUCGGGUCUGCGUCCAGUUGCUCCUCGAAAUUACAAUUAUCUCGGGGGCACUUCUUUUGAGCUCUCUCGUGGACGUCCAACAACAACUGCAGCGAUAAGUACUACAAAUGGUUGGAGGGCUGCUCGAACGGCCUCCGAGAAUGCCCGCUCCACUGCUAGAGGGGGAUCGACUGCCCUUCUGGAUGAUGAAUAUCCGGAUGUUCAGAGCUGGUUGCGACCAACCAAGUCACAACAAUGUCAAGAGCAGAAGGUCUAUUCAUAUGACCAGUUAAAGCUCUCCUCAGAGGCCAACCUGAAGGGUAUUGACGGAAGGCACCGGGAGGAGUACCUUUCCAGGGAAGAAUUUGAGCGCCUUUUUAAAAUGCCCAAAACGGCAUUCCAACGCCUACCAGAAUGGAAGAAAAGUGAUUUAAAACGACGUCUUGAUCUCUAUUAA